AUGAAACCAGGAUCUUUCCCAUUCUCUCCCAAAUUUCCAGGCGUUUCCGUCACUCAUGUCGCAGGCAGGAGCUUUGUGCGAGACGAUCCUUCUUUGGAUGCACAGAACAGUGUCUCCACAUUGCAACCUCUAAACACCAAACCUCCGUGAUCAUUUGGUUUACUCUUCUGCCGGAAUCUUAACAGAGAACUCUCCGGAGGCACACAUGGUAGUUGCUUGGUCCAUAUCUCGUCGCUCCUUCCGAUGCCUCUAUAUGGAAGCUAUGUCACACGGCUCAGCCUCUCGCUGAGUGACAUGCCCAAACCGGUAGCUGGGUUCGGUCACAGAAGUCACUGAUCCUUUUUUUUUUAAAUGGUUGAUGUGAUUUGGAAAAUUUUAUUAAUCCUUUCUUUGAAUUAUUUAUUUGUAACCGGAUUUUGUGAAUUUUAUUGUUCAGAAAUAUCAAUGGGAGAAAAUAAACUUUUAGAAAGAAUAGUUUACGCGGCAUUCCGACAAUGAAGCUGAAUGGUAAAUCUUCCAGAUAUUGAUACUCUUAUUUCAUAUAAUUAUUUACUGUUAAAAAAAAAAAAAAAAAACAAUCAAGUGAAUUUUUAGCCUAUUUUCUCAGUAAUUUUUAGAAUUCAACUGUUGACAUUUGGGAGACUUUCUAUUUUUACACAAAAAACACGAAAAGAACAAAAAAAAUCCAAGGAAAAAAUAUUCAUCCUCAACAAACAAAAUCUGAAUCAACUUCCUAUCUUCCUUGAGACAUAAGCAACCCUGUAGGCCUGGAAUUUUUUUGUUUCCAAAUCUCUUUCGUGAAUUUCAAAUAUCGUGUUGAUCUCAUAAAUACAUUUUCUCGAGAAACCGCUACAAUCUUUAAAACUUAAUUUCUUGGAUCUCAGCGGAAUUUAAACCCAGUUUGGCUUGGAUCCCAAAGUUUUAGAUCCUUUCUUGUUCCACAAGAAACCUCUUUAAGAUCAAAUACAAACAUGUGAAAAGAAACAAGGAGAAGCAAAUAAGGUGAAGACAAAUGGACAAAGUCCAGCAACAAGCAGAUUUAAUCGGUAAGACGAUAUCUCCGUUUGUAGCUUCACAACCAACAAAUGUCGGAGGAUUAACUGAUCAGAAAAUCAUCGGCGGUUCUGAGACGACACAACCUCCAGCCACCUCACCUCCUUCUCCUCCAUCCCCCGACAGUGGCGGCGCACAAGCAUCUCCCCCGCCGGCAACAGCUGCUCAACCACCACCGAAUCAGCCUCCUAAUACAACUCCACCUCCAACACCUCCUUCUUCCCCUCCACCUUCUAUAACUCCACCUCCUUCACCUCCUCAGCCUCAACCUCCGCCUCAAUCCACCCCAACUGGAGAUUCUCCGGUGGUGGUUCCUUUUCCAAAGCCUCAAUUACCUCCUCCUUCGCUUCUUCCUCCUCCCUCCUUAGUUAAUCAGCUACCGGAUCCAAGAACCAAUGAUGAUAACAUACUUCAACCCAUCAACAACCCUAUUUCUCCUCCGUCUCCGCCUUCUACUCCCUUUUCGCCACCGUCUACGGAAAAUUCCGGCAGUCAAGGGUCUCCUCCGUUGUCAUCUUUAUUGCCUCCGUUGCUUCCCCUAAGCCCUAAUUCUCCUGGAAACCCUUCACAACCCUUGGACUCACCCCCGGGAGGAGGAUCAAAUCGUGUACCCUCGUCGUCUUCUUCCCCGUCUCCUCCUUCCCUCUCCGGCUCCAAUAACCAUUCCGGAGGCUCUAAUAGACAUAAUGCCAAUAAUAACGGAAAUGAUGGCAAUGGCCAACAAAGUAAUGAGUCUAAUUACACCGAGAAGACAAUGAUUGGUAUUGGGAUCGCAGGUGUGUUGGCUGUAAUUUUCAUCGCUGCCGUUUUCUUCGUUAGGAGGAAACAAAAGAAAGGUUCUUCUUCUCCGCGCUCUAACCAGUAUUUGCCACCGGCUAAUGUCUCUGUAAAUACAGAGGGAUUCAUCCAUUACAGACAGAAACCCGGAAAUGGGAACAGCUCGGCGCAGAACUCUUCACCGGAUACUAACAGUCUUGGGAACCCAAAACAUGGUAGAGGAACCCCUGACUCCGCAGUAAUAGGGACUUCAAAGAUCCUUUUCACCUACGAAGAGCUAAGCCAGAUAACGGAAGGAUUUUGCAAAAGCUUUGUGGUAGGAGAAGGCGGGUUCGGGUGUGUCUACAAGGGCAUCCUUUUCGAGGGAAAGCCAGUAGCGAUCAAGCAGCUAAAGUCGGUCAGCGCAGAAGGAUAUAGAGAGUUCAAAGCUGAAGUAGAGAUCAUAAGCAGAGUGCAUCAUAGGCACUUGGUGUCUCUUGUGGGUUAUUGCAUCUCUGAACAACACAGAUUUCUCAUCUAUGAGUUUGUCCCCAACAAUACUUUGGAUUACCAUUUGCAUGGCAAAAACUUACCGGUUUUGGAAUGGACUAGAAGAGUCAGGAUUGCAAUAGGCGCAGCCAAAGGACUUGCUUAUCUACAUGAAGAUUGUCAUCCGAAGAUUAUCCAUAGGGACAUCAAAUCGUCAAAUAUUCUGUUGGAUGAUGAAUUCGAAGCUCAGGUUGCAGAUUUUGGACUCGCAAGACUGAACGAUACUGCACAGUCACACAUAUCAACGCGUGUCAUGGGCACAUUUGGGUAUUUAGCACCAGAAUAUGCGUCAAGCGGAAAGCUAACGGAUAGAUCAGAUGUGUUUUCAUUUGGAGUUGUGCUUCUCGAACUCAUCACUGGUCGCAAACCUGUUGACACCUCUCAACCUUUGGGUGAAGAAAGUCUCGUCGAAUGGGCACGUCCAAGGCUAAUCGAGGCCAUUGAAAAAGGUGACAUCAGCGAAGUAGUGGAUCCACGGCUAGAGAAUGAUUACGUCGAAGGUGAAGUCUAUAGAAUGAUCGAAACGGCAGCGUCUUGUGUUAGACAUUCAGCUCUUAAACGACCUCGUAUGGUUCAGGUUGUAAGAGCUCUGGACACGAGAGAUGACUUGUCGGAUCUGACAAACGGAGUUAAAGUGGGUCAAAGUACGGUCUACGACUCGGGUCAAUACAGUAAUGAGAUUCGAAUUUUCAGACGAGCCUCUGAAGAUUCCUCGGAUCUUGGUACUAAUACUGGCUACUACCCAAGCCAAGACUACGCUACGAGCCAUGAAUCUGAGAGCCGAGCCUUCAACACAAGUCACCGGAACCACUAAUUAAACUCAAACUUGUUGUGUUUUGUUAUUCUGGGUUCUCUUUAGAAUUAUAUUUGUGAAAGAUCUUAAUGAAAAUCCGAUGAUAAACCAGAAGAAUGUAUAGUUUCAACA